UACUAGAACCAUAUCAUUCAUUGUGAUUUAAUAGAGCAAUAGAGUCUCCAAAUUGAAUUGUAAAAAAGUUAUUAUACUCUGUUAUUUAUCAAUUAACUCACCAAUUUACUUUGUUAAAGCUAGUCAUUUCAGCAAUAAUGAAUACUUUUGUUUUAACCGUUUUCCUCCUAGCUACUGUUGGUACCCUUAAUGGUUACACUAUUCCCGGUCUCGGACAAUCAUCUUACUCAACUGGAUCCUCUGUUAAUGGCGUUAAUACUCAAUCUUUGGCUAAAUACGAAUCAAGUUCUUCCUCAACUGGCCCCAAUGGUGUUCUAAUCAAGACCUCUGAAAGUCGAACUUCAGUCAAUGGUGGAGCUCCUUUAGUCAGCAUUAGUCGAGCCACAUCAGCUGAUUCAUCAAAUGCUGGUUUACUCGAUGUCUCUGGUGUCUCUGUCCUUUCUAAUGGACAAUCUGGUUCUUCCUCCUCCCAAUCAUCACAAUCUUCUUCUGUCCAGGGUUCAUCAGCAACUCCAGACCUUUCAUCAAUCAUUACCGUCGCUCCUAUCACUACAAGCCCACCUAUAACUAUUGGAGGUUCAACCACCUCUGGUUCAUCCCAAUCUCAAACCGCAAUCUCAUCAAACUCUGGCUCUUCUGACUCCACUGGUUCCUCAACUACUGUUGGUAACAACGACAAUGACGAUGACGAUGAUGACUUCUCAGUUGAAUCUUUUGCUCAACGAAGACCACACCGACAUGCUCCUUGCAAUGCACUCGCUUCCCUUACUGGCUGUAAUGACAAGGUUGUUGUCAUUGUUCUUGGUGGUAAUGGACCUGAAAGUCGAUGGGGACGAAUUGCUCGAGGAUCAUUCAGACGAUCACGAUUCGAUAAUGAUGAAGAAGAUGACGAAGAAAAUGAAGAAAGGCGAUACCGAUUUGGUCGAAGAGGCUCACGACGAAGCAGCUUUGACUCACGAUCAUCCAACUCAGACUCUUCAGCUACUCGAUCUUCAUCUUCAUCAGAGAACUCAAACAACUCUGUAGACAACCGACGAUCAUCCUUUGACCGAAGCGAAUUCCUUGCCCGAAAUGAAGCUUUCAGACGAUACCAAGCUGCUCGAGCUGCUCGGCGAUCAAGCGAAUCUUCAUCUUCCGCUAACUCAUCCAACAACCGAUCAGAAAAUAAUCGGCGAGUUACUCGAAGCCACAGUUCAAAUGAAGAUGUCUUUUCUAACGAAUCAAAAAACCGACGAUCAAGCAACUACGAAAAUGAAAUCAAUGAAAUCAACCGAAUUAAUCGAAUUAACCGAAUCAACAAUAUUAACUCAGUUAAUGUUCAAAAUGAUGUUCGAUCAGUAGACAACAAAUCUGUUGACAACCGAUCAUCAAACACAAAAAGCUCAACCAAUGUAUCAAACAGUAACAAAGUUUCGGACGUUCGAUCAUCAGUAAACAAUCAAGCUUCCUCAACAAAUGUUUCUAACUCCAACAAAUCAGACGUUAAGUCAUCAUCUAACGUUUCACAGAACUCAAAUGUUAAGUCAUCAGUCGAUAAACAAUCUUCAAACAAUGUUGUCCGAUCUUCUGAUACCCGAAGCUCAGUCAAGAACCAAGCUUCAUCAAUCAAUGUUGCCAAUAGUAACAAUGUUAACCGAUCAAGCAAUGUCCAGAGCUCAGUAAAUAAGCAAGCUUCUUCAUCAAACGUUGCAAACUCAAACAACGUUAACCGAUCAAGCUCAGUUCAAAACUCAGUGAAUAACAAAGCAUCAACCAAUAACCAAUCCUACUCAAACAAUGUUUCAAAGGUCUCAGAUGUCCGAAGCUCAGUUAAUAAAAAGGCCAGUUCAUCAAACGUUGCUAACUCCAGCAAUGUUAACCGAUCAAGUAAUGUCUCAAGCUCAGUGAAUAAGCAAGCUUCCUCAUCAAACGUUGCAAACUCAAACAACGUUAACCGAUCAAGCUCAGUUCAAAACUCAGUGAAUAACAAAGCAUCAAACAAUAACCAAUCCUACUCAAACAAUGUUUCAAAGGUCUCAGAUGUCCGAAGCUCAGUUAAUAAAAAGGCCAGUUCAUCAAACGUUGCUAACUCCAGCAAUGUUAACCGAUCAAGUGCUGUCUCAAGCUCAGUCAAUAAGCAAACUUCUUCAUCAAAUGUUGCAAACUCAAACAACGUUGCUCGAUCAAGCAAUGUUCAAAACUCAGUCAACAACUCAGCAACUAAUUCAAACAAGGUCGUAAAAUCUGAUGUCAAGUCAUCAGUUAACAACCAAGUUUACUCAAACAAUGUUUCCAAGAUCUCAGAUGCCCGAAGCUCAGUUAAUAACCAAGCUUCAUCCAACAAUCGAGCUUACUCAAACAACGUUAGCCGAUCAAGCGAUGUCCGAAAUUCUGUCAACAACCAAGCUUUCUCAAACAAAGUUUCAAAGGUAUCAGAUGCUCUAAGCUCAGUUAAUAGCAAAGUCAGCUCAUCAAACGUUGCUAACUCAAGCAAUGUUAACCGAUCAAGUAAUGUCCAAAGCUCAGUCAAUAAGCAAGCUUCUUCAUCAAACGUUGCAAACUCAAACAACGUUAACCGAUCAAGCAAUGUUCAAAGCUCAGUGAAUAACCAAGCAUUAUUAUCAAAUGUUGCUAAUACUCUCAAAGCCAUCCGAUCAAGCAAUGUCUUGAACUCAGUUAACAAUCAAGCUUCUUCAGUGAAUGUUGCCAACAGUAACACCCGAUCAAGCUCUGUAAACAACAAAGCCACCUCAACCAAUAAUCAAGCCUACUCCAACAAUGUUUCAAAGAUCUCCGAUGUCCGAAAUUUAGUCAACAACCAAGCCUACUCAUCAAACGUUGCUAAUUCAAACAAUGUUUCAAAGGUCUCCGAUGUCCGAAGCUCAGUUAACAACCAAGCUUCAUCAUCAAAUGUUGCCAACAGUAACAAUGUUAGCCGAUCAAGUAAUGUCCAAAGCUCAGUCAACAACUAAGCCUUUUCUAACAAAGUAGCCAGAUCUGCAGACUUCCGUUCAUCAGUAGAUAACCAAUCUUUCAACAAAAAUGUUGUCAACUCAAACAGCAUUAGCGAAUCUAAUAGCAAUA